GGAGUAGAUACACCAAGAAAAAGGACCACACCCAACAGGCAGCGAGAUACCGGACAUUUUCUCGCAAAUCGACAGAAUAAAUUCAUACCUUUGAUUAUCAGCUCUAUACUGCAACCGCCAUCAUGAAGAUCUAUUACAUGGGAAUUCUCCGCAACGAGACCAAGCCUGCCUUGGAGCUCUCUGGAGAGAAGGAUCUCAGCAGUUUCUCGAGAUUUACCCGCGAGAACUACAAUGAGUUUAUGAUGCUAUUCACAAAGACAGUGGCCGAACGAACAAAACCUGGCCAGAGGCAAACAAUUGAAGAGAAGAGCUAUACCUUCCAUUCCAUGAGCCGAGAUGGCAUUGCAGGUGUCAUUGUCAGCGACAGCGAAUACCCCCCACUCGUUGCACAACAACUACUUUCUAAGAUCACCGAUGAAUUCAUCUCCAAACACCCACACUGCGAAUACGCCAAUCCAACCCUCCCAGAGAGAAGCUUGUCGUUCCCCCAACUCGCUGAAUAUAUCAAGAAGUACCAAGACCCGUCGCAGGCAGACUCGAUUAUGAAGAUUCAACAGGAACUAGACCAGACCAAGAUUGUCCUACACAAAACGAUUGAGUCCGUUCUAGAGCGAGGUAUGAUUCUCAUCUAGUUAUGAGAGAUGCGAAUCUGAUCUUUUUCAGGCGAAAAAAUUGACAGCUUAGUUGCCAAAUCUGACGGUCUUUCUGCUCAGAGCAAGAUGUUUUACACUCAAGGUUUGUCUUCAUGCUUAUUCGGAGAAUUUAUGCUAACGUCUGCUAGCCAAGAAGCAAAACUCCUGUUCGUACCUAAUCCCAACUUCUUCAACUCUCAAGGCUUGUCUAACUGACAAAUCUAGGUUGUAUUGUUAUGUAAUUGCCAUCGUUUGGUUACUUGACUAUUUGAAGUCAUUGAAAGAAGCUUCGUCCAUAUUAGCACCGUUGUCUCGGUUUGAUUUCAACCCACCCAUGAUUCCCGACUUCCUGUUUUCUCUUGUCUCAUUUGAGUUUAGAAAUGUCAAUACUGCGUUUUCGGUACAAAGCAUCUUCACCCUUGUUCGACUCUUGUCCUUCGUUUUAUGUUUAUUGGUUUAUUUCAGGUCAAUAACGAUAUACAAAUCACAUCAAUAUACACAAUUUUUUACUCC